UUUUCGAGCUGUUAACCGCAAGUUGUACGCUCCUGCGUCUACUCACACGCUCGAGUGCAGCUAAUACGGAGCAACAGCAUGCAUGAUAGGCGUAUUUACCACUCCUGGACUCAUCGCCACUGUCAUGACAUCGUGUUAUGCCGUGACCGAGCUCGCGGCCUUGCCACACACAGCAGAACCCGAGAGGUACGCUGCCCUUCUGCCUCGAGUGUCCGAUCUACUCCACCUCAUCUCCGUGAUGCUCAUGCUUGUCCCUGCUUCACUUUCCGCCUCCGCAGCAGAACAGCCGUCCAUGAGAAGUCCAACGGCGACAUCUUGCAGCUUGCGCCCAGGUCCCAGCUACUGACUACGAAUAUCAACUUGAGCUUGCCCAUGUAUGUGCUGUC